AUGCCUAUUAACAAGAAUAAUUUUUAUGAAAACUGUUCAUUCAAUGGUGUACAAUAUAACUCUUCGAUGAAGGACUAUAAACUGCAGCAAUAGUUUACAUGCUCUUCUUCCCAAGUAAGGUAAAAUAUGUUUUAUUAAUGGUUAAGUUUAUCAAUUUUAUAUUCAAUUCAUAAUUAACCAUAGUGGUAAAUUAACUUUACUUGAUAAUGAUGGGGUUCCUUUCAAUAAAUUCUGUAAAAAAUGUUGUUAUAUAUUGACUGAACCAUCUGUUAUUCUGGAUUAAGAUAUUAAACAUAUACUAACCUAAUUUGGUUAUAAAGCCUAACUCAAAUAAAAUUAAAAUAUUCCAAAAUGA